AUGGGCAGAAAGCGAAAUAGAGAGCAGCAGGUUAUAGAGGAGGAUGGACAAGGGUCUCUCCCUGACCCGGAAGUCCCAGUUGAAGGCUCAGCAGAGAUGCAGAUAAACUCUCGUCCAAAAAGGGCUGCAGCAACCGGCGAAGCCCGUAUCGCUCAUAUGCAGGGUUCUGAUGGGGCAAUCGAGUGGCUGAAGAAGAACAAUCCAAGUGCCUUUGCACAAGCAGUAGCUGCGACGAAUGCACCUCAAUCAAAGCAGAAGGAACCCCGCAGACAGAUGAAACCUCUCUACUCUCCAGCAAAGAAGACCGAUGAAGAGUCUGGUUCUGGCUCUGACUCUGACGGAUCAGGAAGCGAUGGGUCAGAAACAGACUUUGACCCGGCUAAGGAGGAUGAUGCUGCGGAUUCCGAUGACGAAGGAGAUGAAGUUGAGGAAUUGGAAAAAGGCGGAAGCAGCACUGAGGUUGAUGCUGAAACGGAACUGGCUGAGCUGCUAAGUGUAGCUCCAGGAAAAGCUGCGGAGAAGAACAAAAAGAAGGGCACAGGGAAGGAGAAGGCGGACAAAGCGGAGAAGGAGAAGAAAAAAACCAAGAAGAAGGCUGGUGCAAUUGUUCCUUAUGGCAAAGGUGCGAAGACGGUGACCAAGCCCCCCAAGAACACCACCCUUUCGGAAAUAGUGGUCAGCGGAGCAACCACGAGCAACGCCCUCGCAGGCAUUGACGCCAACCUCCUUCUUGCGUCCUUCGUGAGAGUGCAGCAGGACCAGGCAGCGCAAGGGGCCAAGCAGGACAAACUCAUGAGCAUGUUCACGCAGGUUUUGGCUCAAGUGAAGCGUGCGAACUCAAAGCAGGGCAGCCAGUCAAGUCUGCAGGCAGAGAGUGCCCGUACAACGGAACAAGGGAGUGCUGGCAGCACUCUCCAGGUAGUUGCCAACAGCACGCUGUCGGAGGAGCAAAGCCUGCUCCACAAGCUUCAAGCGGAUCCCAAAUUGCUCUCAGCGAACAAAUCCAUGAUAAAGCUGCUGGCAUCUGACGCCGUCAACCUGAGCUUGUUAGCCUCAGGCGUUCAAGACUCAGACAUCAUGAAGAGCAACACCCGUUUGGCCUUUCGGGUGACCGCCAACGACCCCGAGAAGAUGGACCUGUUUGAGGACGUGUAUCACGACAUCAUUGAGGCGCACCAGAUGAAGGGGUUCCGCCAGAAGAGAGGCCAGACGAUCUCGGAGCUGCGCAACAACACAUACGCCAACUACAAGCUGCCUGCUCUCCACUCCGAGGGAUGGGCUCAAAGUGCCACCCCGCUUCUCAAAGACAACGCCUAUCGGAAGGCGGGCAGCGACGAUUAUGGACACGAACAAUUCCGGAAGCUGCUGGCUCAAAUGAGCAACAUCGAUGUCAGCGACGGCGUUCCUGACUCCCUGCCCACGACGUUUGCUAGGGCAGCACUGGCUGAAGUCACGGUGGAGUUGCUCCUGCAAGGCAUCAAGCGUUUCGAGAAGGCCGAGCUCAGGCUUUUGGCUCGCCGUGAGGAGGAGCUCCGGAAGGAUUCGGCACGAACCAGCUCCUUCCUCAACUUCGUCGAGCCGGAAGAUCCCCUUGUGUGCCCACACCGUCUCAAGGUCCGCGCAGCAGCUAGAUUGCAAGACGAGCAGCGGGCCGCUCAAGAGACCUUAGACCAGCGUUCUGAGGUUAACACGUCUGGCAGUCCGGCCGUGCCCUCGUCGACUCCAGAGUUGAGCGCAUGA